ACUGACGGAAACAGUUGACAAUCGCUAUUAGACGUGCCAGUCGAGAACGAGAUCUCGGGUCUGCAGAUUAUGAUUUGAAAGACAGUUUGUGGUUAUUUGUUACCAUCAUGAUAAAAUGGCAAUAGACGGAGAUGAUAAUACGUGGACGGUGGACUUGGAGACGGCCCUGCUGGAAGACUGCUCGGCUGCUGCCAUCUACAACAUCUGCAAGGGGCGCAGCGUGCCGGAGGCCGUCCGGGCGGAGGUGUGGCAGGCCUGCCUAGAUGUGCAGAACAAGGGCAACCAGAUGCUGCUCUUCAAUGACAUCUUCGACCUUCCCGAGCAGUCUGUCCUGCGGGACGACUGCAACCAGUUCGUUGCGAACCUGGGCAACGACGAAGAGGACAAGGUGUCCGUGGUGUCGGACCUGGAGUCGGUGCUGACGCACUACUGCAAGUCGAGCAGCGCCCGGUACGAGCGGGGCAACGGCUGGGUGGAGAUCCUGCUGCCACUCAUCGCGCUCAAGCUGCCUCGCUGGCACACCUACAACCUGUUCCAGGCCAUCAAGCACAGAUACGUGCCCAGGAGCUGCAAGAAGAAUGGCCCGGUGUUUCAUCUGUUCCGGUUGCUGCUGCUUUACCAUGACCCGGAGCUGUGCUCCUUCCUAGACACCAUGAGGAUCACCCCGGACCUCUAUUGCCGCCCGUGGUUCCAGUCGCUGUUCGCAGCAACAUGCAGUCUGCCGGCCGUGCUCUGCAUGUGGGACCUGUACUUCCAGCAGGCAGACCCCUUCUUCGUGUUCUUUCUCGCCCUCGUCAUGAUCUUCAACGCCAGGGAGCAGAUAUUUAGCAUGAAGGGUGAACCAAAGCAAGUGCUAGUGGAUACCUUAGCGGCCAUGCCUUGUGCUCUGGAGGCGGAUGAUGUGACUGACUUCUGUUCAUUGGCCCAGUAUUAUGCGUUAAAGACUCCAUGCUCUUUCAAGGAGAACUUGUGCGACGUGCUGUUCUGCCACGGGGACAGCCUGGAGCAGGAGGCGGAGUCCCGCAGCCUGUCGCAGGCCCUCUGCCUGCCCGUCUCCGCCCACGAGCUGGUGGAGAACACGGCCGGCGCAGAGCUGGUCCCGGACUCUCUGCGCUUCUUCCUCGUGGACUGCCGGCCCGCGGAGCAGUACAACGCCGGCCACCUGCCCACUGCCUUCCACCUCGAUUGCAACCUGAUGCUGCAGGAGCCGGCUGCCUUCCUGACGGCCGUGCAGGGGCUGCUGUCUGCGCAGCGACAAGCCCUGGCCGCGCGCUCCGCGGCCGGCGGCGAGCACCUGUGCUUCCUGGGCUCGGGCCGGCUCGAGGAGGACCAGUACACCCACAUGGUGGUCGCCAGCUUCCUGCAGAAGCACACGCACUUCGUCAGCAUGCUCUCCGGCGGCUACAUGGCUAUCCACGAGUACCUGGACAAAGAUGUUGGUAUCAGCUUGGAGGACCACAGCCCUCAGCGCUGUGUGGUGUGCGUUGCGGAUGCUGCGAGUGAAGAUUCUGAAAGCAGCAAGCCCAACCACACUGGCUCCUCUGACAUCUUUGGCAAACUGAGCGCGGCAGUGAAGCUGAAGUCGGCGGAGGUGAAAGGUAAACUAUUCGACUACAUAGUGAACCCGACGGGCAGCGGGAAUGCGGAGCGGCACGUCAGCAGCUCAGACAAGCUGGGCAAGCGAUACCGCAACCUCGCACCCGUCUUCAGCAUCGACGACGACCAGGAGGGAGACGCUACGAGUGUGGUAGGCGGGCCGGAGGUUGAUGAGCACCACGAAGUGGUCUCGAUUGACACGUGGCUCAACAAACCAGACGUUAUUGAGGCCUUCAGGUGCCACGAGGUCAAGAUGAAUGGCUACAUGUACGACAGCCACCUGCUGGUGACGGAGAGCCACGUGUUCGUGCUGCGCGACAUCCCGGGCCGGAGGGGCUCCGCCCACAUCGUGGUGCGGCGGCCGCUCUCCGCCAUCGUGAAGAUCACCUCCAGGAAGAAACACCCGGAGCUCAUCACCUUCAAGUACGGCGCGCCGGAGGGUGACAACCUGGUCAUCUCCGACAUGGACAGGUUUCUGAUCCCUGAUGCAGUUAAAGCCACGAGCCUGAUAUCGCAGCAGAUCAUGAAGCAGUCCAAGUCAUCGGAAGGCUGAUGACGACUGUUGGUGAGCCGCGCGCUGAAGAGGAGAAUCACUGGCUGAAGCAGCCUUGUCCUGAGUGCGUGUCGUGGUGGCUAGUGGUGUCGAGGUGGCAACACCUUGUUCAUCUUGGGCUUUUGGUAGAUCCAUAACCCUCGUCAUUUACGAUGGACUACCAAUGGUUGAAACCAGGCCUAUUUCAGACAGUCUUCAUGUUAAUUUUUACCUUUACUUUAGCAAGAAAACUGUAAAUAACUCUAAUUUAACACUAUACUUUAUGUUGUUGCUUUUGCAUAUGGAUCAAACUAGGCCCAUUCAGACUGUCUUCGUGUUAUUCUUACUUCUAGAUCAUUAUAUGUACAAUCAAGGUGAUAUGACUUAAAACUCAUCCUCAUGGUUUUUAUACAUGGUUUUUUUUAUAUGUGAAAGAAAGUCAACUAAAAUUGGAAAUUUCCUUCAUGUGCAUAAAAGCAUUUGAAAUUAGUGUAAAACUCUGCUGAUAUACAGUAAGUCCUCUAUUUACGUCGUACCGAUUUACGUCGUUUCGGAUUAACGUCGCUAAUGUUUGAGUACUCAUGUUUCAAUUUAAGUUGUCGCCGAUUCACAAUAACGUCGUUUACAGUGACCGUAAAUCUUUAUUUUAACAAAAACACCGUAUAUAAUUCGUUUAUAAUUCUUUGUUUCCUUCGGUAAUUAAUUUAUGCUAUGUAGUGUAAGCUACAUGUUCACCGCCUUAUCUUAUCAUACAUCAUAAGGGACGCUUCCUGCUCUCCGCUGCUCUCCGCGUGGUGAUGCAAUACUACCAGCCCGCCCGCUCGGCCACACACGUAUCUCGCACGUAGAAGUGUUAUCUACUUCCCGCAACGACACAGCAUUUUCUCCUACCCCUUUUCGUCCAACUCCUUGGCACUUCAGUAGAGGUGUAAAAGUAACUAAAAAAAGUGUACCCGUAUGUAUUCGUUACUAUAACAAUUAGUACUCGUUACUUUCGUAUCGUUACUUGUUACUUCUGAUACCGCAUAACAUGCUAUGUUAUGUAACAGCAACGAAUCGAGUCGUAUUUUGUACGCGUACAGUAUGACGUCGCGUAAAUAAUAAUAAAUCGAAUAUAAACAAUUAAAAGUAUUUGAUAAUUAACAGCUUUUGUUAACCAAGAAACAAUAAAAUCUCAUUAGAGCAGCUUUAUUUUAAUAUCUCUUUUAAGAUAAGAACAAAAAACGUGAAAAUACGCGAUAAUAAAAAACAAAAACAUACCGUACAUAUUUAUAAUUUGUAAAAAAUACUUUCUUACGUUGUUUCUGUUCCAAUCUCAAACUUUGUCUACACACACAAUAUCUUUAAUAAACAGUAAAAAACUUGGACGACGAAUUUCCAAAUUAUACUUUUCUUAAUAAACAAACAUCGUUCUUUGUACAGAAUAAGCGCGCGCAUGCGUAAAACAUACGAAAAAUGCGAGUAACGAAAUGCAUUCGUGUGUAACGUUUCGUUACUCGUUACUAGAUGCCGCACCCGUUACUCAGUAACGAAUACAUACGGUUUGCUACAGCUCUACACUUCAGUCGCUAUGAUAUCAUUGAGUUGGCCGGAGUUUUAAACGUGCCGUUGUUAACUUUAUCGUGAUUAAAUGCGUUUGUAGUAGGCCUACAGUAUCAGCUCACUGCAAUUUAUGAUUUUUUCUUCAUAAGAUGUCUUCCAAACGACUAUAUAUCUGUUUUUAUAUUUCAAUCAAUAAAGGCAAUAAAGCAGCUGGUUAAAUAACCAUUCUAUAAAGCUGAGAAGUACUAGUUGGACUUGUUUCCCACGCUGUCGGUUGUCAUUUGCUGAUAAAAUUGCCCGUUGUCACGUCUGUGUGCCAGCGCUUCCGGCCGGCCGGUGGCAUGAAACAUGGCUCAUUUUGCGUCGUUUCUAUUUACGUCGCGGUUUUCAGGAACGUAACCCCGACGUAAACCGAGGACUUACUGUAUUAUAUUAUCAUAAUAUCAUAUGAAUUAAAAAAAAUACAUAUAACUUUUGUCAGUUUGCAACAUCUGCAUUUGUAAUGAUGUUUGCUCAUCCGUACACCAUGUACAAUUUGUAAUUAUUUUAUGGCACUUUACAGAAGUAGUUGCAGGUUUUUUAAAAUUUGUUUUGUAUAUACAUUGUAAUAAAUAGGUACUAUUUUGUUAAAGUAAUUGUAUAUUUAUUAGCAUUAGCUUAAAUGUAAAUAAGAAAGAAUAUUUGGAUUGUGAGGGAAAUUUUGCAUUUAAAGUUUUGCAAAUUUUUUUGCAAAUUGUAGUCUUGAAUGCUGAAGUAUCCUUAUUAACCUAUGUAAAAAUUAUUUAUUGAUUGGAUGAUUUUUUAAAUAUAAUUUGAGGGACUGUAGCCGUUGUUGCAAGAGUUAUUGUAUAUGGUAAUUAUUUAAUAGUUCAACAUUUAAAACAAUCAAAUUUUGGAGUUUCAUUUUUUUGAAAUUUUUGUGGAAAAAAGCACAUGAAUGUGUGAUGCAGUCUGAUUGCUUGUCGUCUGUUGGCUCAGUGAGGGUUGGCAGUCGUGUUUCUUGCAUUGAUGUGUGUUCACGGUGCAAUUCACGUUUACUUGAUAAACAUUCAGUGAUUAGCUAGGAAUGCACUGUCUCACGUACCUUAGAGUAGCUGCAAUCAUGGUAGCGCAGGAGAUUUUCGGAGUGCCUUUGACAUUGCUGGUGGCGAUACAACUUUGUAGCCACAUUUUCCGUAGCAGUCAAACAUGAUUGAGUUUUGAGUAUGGAAUAGUUUCAAAGGUUUUUGAAGGGAUGGCUUUUGACAGUAUAAGAUCGAGUGAAGCCCUGUAUUCCUACACUUUUGGGAGAAAGGCUACUUCUCUUACUGUAUCUUGACAAUGGGGUUACAGAGGCUGAGUACCUGUCCCUUACCUGGUUCAGUUCCUGAUAAGAUAAUAGGUAUAUAACAUAUACCGAAUUCACCUGAAAAUAAGACUAGAGUUUUUUUUUUUUGAAAGUCCACCCAAAAAUCGGGGAUCAUCUUAUAACCAACAGCAAACUAUUUCAACAAAUAUUUAGGUUAGGUAGUCUAUUUACUAUGCCAUGCAAUUAUUAUAAUUUUCUAAUAUUAAAACGAAUAGUUUAUUAUCUGUAUUCAAUUCAAUUUUGAAUACUAAAACUUCGAAACAGCAAAUAUUCAGUCGUUUGCAAAUACGGCUGUACGGGUCCUCGAAAGUCUGCAAACAUUUCGGGAUCACGGUAGAUUUUAUCGUCGGGUGGGAACAAAAUUUCCACAUGAUUUUUGUUAUGUUUUAGGGUUAUUUAUGUGGAGAUUUUUACUACAUCUGGCCACGUAAAUUUUGAGAAGACUAAUGUAGUAAAGCCCGGAUUUAACAUAGUAAUUCGGAACCAUUACUAACGCCCUCGUUACAGAUAAAGUAUUUUACUGAGAAGAGAGCCUGGAAGGUCGGGCGGCAGGUUUUUAAAAAUAGAAAAAUAGAAAAAUAGAAAAGUGGAAAAGUAGAAACUCGGCAUGCCAGCUCCGUGAUUAGUUUUCUUCAGAACAGGGCGGCGAAGAGAAAAAACUUGUAUAGAUAUCAUGGAAAACAUCUAAUUGCUCACUCACAGCAGACUCCUAAAGCCUAACAACCUACAACAACAUUUUUCUGGUGGAUAAUACACAGUGAACGAUGACCGGAUGCAGGCCCACACACACACUCCUCGCACAGUGACAGCUCAGGCAAUUAUCUUGUCACAGUGGCCCAAAAAAGUCACACUAAGAGGGGGGGAAAACUUUGCAUCUUUUACCAAGCACACAUACAAUGAACAGAAAAAGAGAGGAACAUUCUAAGCAGCUUCUGUGUUCCUACAGUUUAGUUAUAAAAGCCAAAAUUAUAAUCCAUAAAUGUUAAUAUAUGUUAACUUGAAUAAUGAUUUAUUUUCACGUAUUGAAAAAUAUAAAUAAAUUAGUUUAAAAUUUCUUUUAAACUUACAGCAUAUUUAACUAUAGAUUAAAACGGCUCACUGUACAUUCUUUUUAAACCCAACCUCUCGAAGUUUCUUUAUACUUACAGCAAUUGCCUUACAUAUUCACCUUGAACUGUUUAUUAUUUUUUCUUUUUUUUUUCUUUUUCAGAACCUAUUGUAAUUACCAUGAUCCAUGACAAAUGAUUCUUUACAUUUUCCUUUCAAAAACAUUUUACCUAUAGUAAUUGUAGCUGACUUAAAGCACUUAACCUAACCAACCUUUCACUUUAGUAAUAUUUAUCUAACUUCUCAGAUUUACUUUUUCUUUCAAUAUGAUUUUUGUUAUGUGAAAAAAUAUUUUUAGUGGGAUUCUAACUCCUGCUAUUCAAAUUCGAUAUUCGUAUUCGUAUUUGAUUCAAACUAAAAUACUAAUACUCGCGCCAGUGGUGAAUAUAGGUUAUAAUUUUGGUGAUGGCCAGUAUGACCAAGCUUACCAUGAUUUGUGUUUUUUAUUAUUUUGUGAUUUUUUAAGUGACUGUCAUUCAGUGAUUAAGGAUGGUUUUCAGGGGGGGUUUAAGCAAAGUUUUGUGACUUAACUAUAUAGGUAUUACUAUUAUUUCUUUUUAGUUUUCAGUAAAUUUUUAUAACAACUAAUGCUUUAUUAUAUGAUAGCGCAUUUUUUUUUUAACACACAUGUAUUUAACAUUUAAUUGUAUUCACAUUAAUAUUUUUUCUUCACUCCCAUUACUUUUUUACUAACUUAAUGUAUUAAAUUUUUUAAAUUUUUUUUUUUUGCUCUGGUUCCAACAAUCCAAUAAUGUAAAUUUUGUACAACAGAAAAGAAUGUUGGUUUAUUAUUUUUGAGCUAUAAAUACGGUGUCAUAAAGUGACUAUAUUAAAAAAAAAUUGAAGUUUGCCUUUUUAUGUAUAGUUUACAAAACGAAGUCCAGAUUUCUUGGUACACUAUCAAACUUGUAAAGAACUUCUUCAUCGCUUAUUUUAAUGUCUCUAUGGAUCGAAAUCAGUGCUAGUCCAUUAAGCUUACUUUACAAUGUGGUAUUUCUUAAGUAAGUGUUCAAUAUUCUUAAACUUGAGAAGCUUCUUUCCACGGUUGCAACAGAAACAAGCAGAACUAGGAGUAUUUUCAAGGGAAUAUAAAUAUUAGGUAAGAAAGUGUUGUUACACUUUUCUAAAGAACUAAUAGCUGUUUUUGGAAGAUUUUCAGAUUUGUUCCGACUCCACUUUUCAUUCCACUACAUAAACUCAUUUUGUAUGACCUCUUUAUGUGACAAAUCUUCUUCGUAGAAAUUGAAAGCAUUUUCCAAUGAAUUAAAAUAUGUUUUGGAAGGAUGUGUUGUAACAAUUCCAUUUUUUCCUUGUGAGAUUCAAAGCGUUCCUUCAGUGAAUUACAAAAAUCAUCGAGGUAAGUUACAUAAUCAGCUCGUCGAUAGUAUUCUUAUUCUUUUCUGUAAGGGACCUUGUUGCAUGCUGUUUGAAGAUGAUAAACUCAUGGAAUCUCUUUUUUAAUGUCGCGUUUUGUAGCGAAUUCCUUUACUUGAGCAUACAGGAUUUUAAAUUUGUCAUUAGCAUUUACCCUUUGCUUCUACAGCAGAUCUAAGACACUUGUAACAUUUGCUAUGGUAACUUAUUAGUAGUUUGACAGCAUCCGGCUUGGAAGAAAAAGAUUGACAAGACAUUGAAAUUAUCUGAUGGAACUACUUAGCAUGUGCCUUAGGUGCUUAGUCACUUGCUUCUUCAUCUAUGUAUUUUCAAAAGAGAGAAGAGAAUUGGUUUCAAAAAUAUCUUUAAAUGAAAGCACCGAGUCGUGCCUUUUCACCCAUUGUGUUUCACAUAGUGAAAUAUGUUUAUUUUUUUCUUUUCAGGACAGCAGUUGGCUAUUUUUGAUUUCAGUAGUUCAGUUAUUUUAGCUGGAAUAUGGAAGAAUCCGCAGACUUCUUUGAUAACAAACAUACAAUAAAAUUUUUUGUAGAAGGAAUGUUACUUGCAUCCGACAAACACAAAUUUAGACUAUUUGAAGAACAAUGUGUAUACAAGGCCUGUGGUAGUUUCUUAUAGAAGCUUGUACCCUCUGAAUUGCCUCUCAUCGUGGCAGCACCAUCGUAUUGUUGAACUCUCAUUUUCUUUAAGUCAAGUCCUAAACUUGACAAGGUCUCUAACACUGGGUUAGCUAAGCCUGCUCCAGUAACAUCAUAAACAAAGACAAAUGUUCAGAAAUUUUCUCUAAUUUUGUAUGAUUGGUCUUCAGCAUACUGUACACAAAGAGAAAACUGUUCUAUGUGGCUAAUGUCAGUGGUUACAUCUGCUAAAGUAGAAUAAAAAAUAUACUUUGAUUGGAUUAAAUGACCAAAUGUGUUAUUGAGCUCGUUUUGAAUAAAAGAACUUGUGUACAUGCUCCUCCCACCACUGUUCAUCAAUUGGUCUUUAAGGUCAUUAUCUCCAUUGUUAGCUCUGUAUCUCAGCAGUGAUCGAAAAUUUCCAUAAUUUUUCUGGCUCUUCUAAGCCUAUUUGUCCACCAUCAUAAUGACAUCUUACUGCUAUUCUACCUUCCACGAAAUCUCAUAGUUUGUAUUAUAGGGAUCAGUCUUUUUCUGUUUUUAUCGAUAUCCAAUCUUCUAGGAGCAUUGACUUGAUUGAUAACUCUCUCAGUUUUUUUUUGUAACAGUGGAUUUUAUGUUUUUGACAGUCAAAACUGAUGUUUUAUAUGUGCAAUUUUCAUGUUUACGAAACAUUUCCUCGGAUUUUUUUUUUUUUUUUUUCCAAAUUACUAAAGGCCUCUGUUAUUAAUGCCCUUUUUUACUUGGUGAUCUCCUUUUCAUACACUUUUGAAGUCAGAAAAUGUUUCUUCAGAAUAUGUUAACCACUCAAAUUCUAGUCGUUUCAUUUGGAAAGAUCUAGUGUGGUUUGAAUGGGAACUACUAGAAGUAGAAGGAAAUUUGUAUACAGGUUGAGCUUUCUUAACAUUUUCUACAAGUGAAAUUUUCUCUUCAUUUAUUAACGAAUAACGAGUGAACGAAAUUGCUUCGAAAAUAGUUUCCAAUACCAUAAAUAUUUUUUCUUACUUGGUUGAAGUCCCCUGCAAUUGGGUCUGGAUCAAUGUUACUGGUAUUUGCGACACAAAAAAAAACAUUGUUAUUGGCAGAGUCAACUCCAGCACUGUCACUAACAGUGCUGUCACUGUCACCUACACUCUGUUUCUUUGUAAAAAAAAUGUUUUGACUAGAGGCUUGUCUCUUCAUUAUGAAUGCAGUUGAAUUAACAACAAAUUAAGAUUCCCUAACAGCAAAUGCAGAUGAUCACAGAUACACAGCUAUUCAAAAAGCUCACUGACUAAACAAACAGAGCUACAGAUAAAAUAACUUGACAGACAAGCAGAUAAAACUUUUAACCUGCUAAUGUUAUUCCAACUCGGUUUUCUAAAUGCGUGUCUGCCAUGAUGCCACUAGCACAACCUAGUACACGCAAGGUAAACUAGCCCUUAAAGCUUCUGCCUUUUCUCUCCAGAGCUACUGCUGAAAUGCAAAAUGACAUAAUAUAAACAUUGACUGAACACUCGGGGGUUGUCGGAAAUAAAUACGCAAAGAAGAAAAUUAAUAGCUAUUAAGAAAAGGGCGAAAAUUGUUUGUUGAUUUGUCACAUUAUUAAUUUGUUGCAUUGUAUUUAAUGCUACACAAAUGACGUUGCCAUUGUGCGCGCACAGAAAUAAAAA